AUGAUCAACGCAUUCUUGGUAUUCAAUGGCCAGGGCCAGCCGCGUCUGACCAAAUUCUACACUCAACUGGAGACGAGCAUCCAGCAGCGCCUCAUAUCCGAAAUCUUCACGCUGGUAUCGAACCGUCCGUCGGGGGCGUGCAACUUCCUCCCUCUGCCCCCGCUCCUCGCCGCCUCGGGCACAUCGCACUCGUCGUCCGAGGAGCAAAAGGACGUGCCGUCCCUGGUCACCUACCGCAACUACGCGACGCUCUACUUCAUCAUCAUCUCCACGUCCACCGAGUCGCCCCUCGCCCUCAUCGACCUGAUCCAGGUGUACGUCGAGGCGCUGGACAAGCUGUUCGAGAACGUGUGCGAGCUAGACCUCAUCUUCAACUUCGAGACCCUGCACGCCACGCUGUCCGAGAUGAUCAUAGGCGGCGUCGUCGUGGAGACGGCGCUGGACCGCAUCGUGUCGGGCGUCAAGGCGCAGGGGACCGUGGCGAAGCGGCCCGUCAACGAGGGGCGCGCCGGCGGGAUCGGGUCCGGGCUGGGCAUGGGGGCCAACUUUGCCUGGGCGGCGAGGUAA